AUGACCGCCGGAACAAAUGUUGAUGCCCUCGUGGUGGGCGCAGGUUUUGGGGGCAUCUACUCAACGUACCUGUUGUCCAAGAUGGGGUUGACUGUCAAAUGCAUAGAGAUGGCGGCCGACGUUGGCGGCACCUGGUAUUGGAACAGGUAUCCUGGCGCGAUGAGCGACACUGAGAGCUACCUUUACCGCUACUCUUGGGACAAGGAGGACUUGCAGACCUACCCUUGGACACACCACUAUGUCUAUCAGCCAGACAUUCUCAAGUAUCUUCAACACGUGGUGGCCAGACAUGACCUCAGAAAGUACAUGCAGUUCAACUGCGAAAUGAAGGCUGCCACCUGGGAAGAAGAUUCUCAGCGAUGGCGUAUCACAUGCUCCACGGGGGAGAUUAUUCUUGCCCGCUAUCUGAUCAACUCGCUUGGCCUGUUGUCUAAAGCCAAGUACCCCGACAUCAAGGGGUUGGAGACCUUCAAGGGCAAGCUCAUACAUACAUCAAACUGGGACGACUCUGUUAGCCUAGAGGGAAAGCGAAUUGGCGUCAUUGGCAACGGCUCAACCGGAGUGCAAGUUCUUACUGCCCUGGCGCCUGUGGCUGGCAAGCUCGUGUCAUUUCAGCGGAGCCCCCAAUAUUCCGUCCCAAGUGGACAAGGUCCUGUCACUGCCGAGUAUCGCGCCGACAUCAACGCCAGAUACGACGAGAUUUACAAGCACGUGUUCAACUCAAACGUUGGCUUUGGUGUCCCGGAAUCAACCAGAAAGACAAUGGAGGCCACACCCGCGGAGAGACGUGAUGCAUUCCAAAAGGUCUGGGACCAGGGCAAUGGCUUCCGCUUCAUGUUCAGCGCUUUCGGCGACCUGACGACUGAUAUUGAUGCCAACAAGGAGGCGUGCGAGUUCAUCAAAAGCAAGAUAGAUGAGAUUAUCAAAGACCGUCGCAAGGCUGCUGCAUUAAAGCCGACGGAGCUGUACGCAAGACGCCCGCUGUGCGAUUCUGGUUACUAUCAAAUCUUUAACCGGGACAAUGUCGAUAUUGUUGCUCUUCGAGAUAACCCAAUCAGUGAGAUUAUACCCGCAGGGAUCAAGUUGUCAGAUGGCACUGUUCAUGAGCUGGAUGUCCUCAUCUCUGCCACGGGCUUCGAGGCGAUUGAGGGCAGCUAUAUGCGAAUCUGCGUCAAGGGCCGCAAUGGAGAGACCAUGCAAGACCACUGGAAGAAUGGCCUCAAGGCGUACGGCGCAAUCGCUUGCUCUGGAUUUCCCAACAUGUUCAUCGUUGCUGGCCCACAGGGUGCCUUUGCCAACUUCCCGAUCGUGAUCGAGAGCGAGGUCCGUUUUAUCAUGGAGUGCAUCAAUUACGCGGAAAGCAACAGAUCCAUCAUUGGUAAUAGAUCGAAUGGUAACUCAACAGAUGGCCAUGCAGACGGAUUUGACAAGCCAGGCCCAACCAUUAUGGAGGUUACGCCAGAAGCCGAACAGGGUUGGUCGGACCACUGUGACAGUCUUGUUGUUGGGUCUGUAUUCACGACAUCCAAGAGCUGGAUUUUCUCUCAGAAUAUUGAGGGCCGCAAAGCAAACACAAAUUUCUUUUUUGGAGGCCUCAAUGCGUAUCUAGAUUGGGUCAAGAAGGAAACAUCAAAUGGUUUCCCUGGCUUCCGUAGAGAAUAG